AUGGAGCACGUUGACCAGACGGAGAAGGCUUACCAGAAGCAGCAGGGCGUGUUCCUCGCGAGCAAGAAGUUUGCCGGCAAGAAGAAAGGUCCUCGUUUCUACAAGGAGGUGGGUCUCGGCUUCAAGACCCCCAAGAGCGCCAUCGAUGGCCAGUACGUGGACAAGAAGUGCCCGUUCACCGGCAACAUUUCGAUCCGUGGCCGUAUCCUCAAGGGUGUCGUGCUGUCGAACAAGAUGAAGCGCACGAUCAUCGUGCGUCGUGACUACUUGCACUUUGUCAAGAAGUACAAGCGUUUCGAGAAGCGUCACAAGAACGUAGCGGCGCACUUGUCGCCGGCCUUCCGUGUCAAGGAAGGCGAUGUUGUCACGAUUGGCCAGUGCCGCCCGCUCGCCAAGACAGUGCGCUUCAACGUGCUAGAAGUCGAGCCUGCUUCGGAGACCAAGCCCAUCAACGUGCGCAAGCAGUUCCGUCAGUUCUAA